UCCUGAGUGGGCCUUAGUUGUGUGCAUGCAGGUAUCAUGUUGAAACAUGUAAGUCGUAGGAUAAAUUGCAUGAAAACAUGCCACCGAGAAGAAGACGCUAAUUAUCAAGUGCCGUCAUGCGGGCCGAGGCCGCCUGAGACUUGGUGGUCCGAGGUUUUGAGGAGGACACCCCUGGACAAUCAAUCCACCGGGGUUCCCGUCGGUGCAGAAAUACGGCAAUGAAUACAGCGCGAGGACAUUUCGUUUUGUGCGGACUUGGCGGGAGCUGGUGGGAGAGGGCACGUGCGGGAAUUAGAUGGAAAUGGUUUUCCUUGUAUUGGGCGGCUGGUGCACCUGGCAGGCUGGUAGUGAUGCGUCGAACCCCGGCAUCCUGGAAUCGGAAAAUGUAUAGAGCAAGGCAUAAUAACGAGGGGCGGGAUAUGCUGAUUUCGACAUGCGGAAUUGGCCUUCGGCAUUUGACUAAGGGAUUUCGAAACGGGCGGCGGACCGAGAUGGAGUUACUUAAUGUGAUGUGUAAAGCGCGCGUGAUGGAGUGCGGGUGACCUUUCGAGACGGAGCCCUCGAUACCUACCUACCC